CGCCGCCACCCGUGGCGCUGUUGUAGCCGUGGUUUACGGUUUACACAAUUUAUUCUAUGGUUUACGUUUGCAUAUGGACGGCUGGUUGGCUGUAGAGGCGUUGGAUGUUGCUACAAGCGUGAUAUUUGACCUUUGCAUUUGCUCCAUAUCUUGCGUGCGUUAAACCAAAUGAUCAUUGAUGAUGCCUUAUCUUCGAAGGUCGUGUUGGUACUACGAUCACAAAAGCGAAAGUCUUCCAUCUCACUGACCAGCAUCAAGCAAGCAUAGAAGCCGAAGCACUGAAGAUGGUUGCAGAUGCUUCUUUCAAGACGGGCGGCCAGGUUGACGGCAUUGUUGAAGCCCUUGUGGAAAGCUUGGGAGACAAACAAGAGAGCGUCUGCCGUGCAGUCAGUCACUCGCUACAAGUUAUUGGCAACCAUUGGCCUAAUCUUGUCUUGAGUAGCUGCCAUGACUACUUGACGAAGGAGUCAAAAUUGUCAUCCUCUCAUAGGAACUUGCUGUUCACUGUGAUGCAUGAAGUGUGCAAAGAUUCUGUUGACAAACUAGACAAGGCACUAUUAAACAAUGUUUGUAAGACUACAAUUGAGGAGAUGACACGUACCAAGGAAGUGGCAACAGACAGUGUUCUCUGUGGGAUAGUGAUAGCCCUGGGCAGACAGUACCCCCUUGAGACAAUGGAGCUGGUCCAGGCCAAAUUUCAGCCGGGCUCUCUGCCACACCCGCUUGUUUUGGAGACCCUUGCUGGACUGGCCCUUGCCAACCCAUUUGGUAUCAUGCCCUUCCUGAAAGCCCUACUUGGCACCAUGCUGCCAAUGUUGAGUGGAGCUCGCACUGAGCAGCUCAGAUGGGCUAUGGCAUUUGCACUUGGAAAGUUCUCUGAAGCAAUUGUGGAAUACUUGAGCAACAUUGAAAAGGCACCUGAUCCAUCUGUGCAAAAGGCUAGCUUCGCUACUGAAAUAAUUAGUGCCUUUGACUUUCUCUUAGCCAACUGGCUGCAGGCAAGAGAUGCAAAGGUUAGAGCUGAGUCAGCUGUGACCCUUGGCUACAUGGCACAGCUUCUGAGCAAGUCAAAGCUGGAAGAGCAACUGCCAAAGCUUCUCCCAUCUCUGGUUGCGCUCUAUCGAAAACAACAUGAUUGUUUUCCUGUCAGUAAGGGGUUGUGUCUGGUUUUGGAAGCUGCCACCGAGUACAAAUGCCUUGGACUUGAACAACACCUGGAUGUUUUGAACAACUCGCUUUUUGUACAGGUUUGCAACCCGCCGGACUACACGGAACCUGCAAGUGUUCGGAACCACAACGAAAGCCUACGAUGUUUUACUGUUUUAGCUACAAUGUUUCCUGACAAGCUGACGUCCUUCCUCCUGAUGAAAGCAGAGAACAGCAAUGAUAAAACAAGAAUCGGAGCUCUGACAGUGCUGAAACACAUAAUCAAUUGUGCAGGAUCCACAGAACAAGGACUUCUUAUUCAGUUUAGCAAAACCAAAAAUCCAAACUUGGAUGAAAGGAUGCACAGCAUAAUUUUGGGCCUGCAGUCAUCAUUCAAUGAUCCAAGCAACAAGGCAAAGAAAGUGUUGGCCCAAGUCAUUGUCGCUCUGGCGCACCAUGGUUACCUUGACGCAAACGGUGGUCACUCCAUGGUUGAGUUUCUUGUUCGGCAGUGUGCUCUUCCAGAUGAUACAGCCAAGCGUCCCACUGACUUUGACUAUGUGAGCAAUGAGGCCCUGCGUACAAUGUGCGAAAAUGUUUUACAGCUUCUAACAACCACCGUGGAUGACAUUGACAAGAUUAUGUGGCCUUCCUUAUUUGAGUACUUGUUGUGUGAAGAGUUGACCCCGGCUGUAGGAAUUAUUUGCAAGUGCCUUGCUAAUUUUGCUUCGAAGAAGCGGGAUGCAGGUUACCCUAUCGAGAUCAACUAUGAGAAACAUACAAAUGUACCCAAGCCACAAGCCUUGCUGGCACGAUUGCUGGUUGUUCUGGGCUCUCCUUUGAUGCACCAUAACCGAGGAGUCCAUGUCCUACGCCUGUUGCGUUGUUUGCCUGCACUCGUACACCGUAACCUUGUAGCCCUCUGGGACACUGUUCUACCUCAGAUGACUUCUCAGUUGCAGUGUGCACUUGACAACCCAGAAAAUGGUCUGGACAGAGAGGCUUGGCGAGAGCAGAUAUUGGACCUGACCCAAAGAUGUUUUGUGGAAGUGGACAAAGAAGAAUGGACUCUGUCAUUGGGAAAGGCUAUGCAGGCCCAACUUAGCCUGUAUGGUGCAUACCCGGAUGACAAGUGCAUGCUGCUACAGUUGCUUGGAGCAGUCAUGAAAAAAGUGAGCAGCAAGCAGUUUAUAAAUGGAGCUCUGGAUAAAAUAUUUGAGCAUAUCAACCAUUUACACCCACGGGAAAGAGAGGGUUGUGCUCUUGCAGUAGGUAUGUGUGCAGCAACCCACUUGGAUGCUGUGGUAGUGAAGUUAGAGCAAGUAGCAAAAGAUGACCUUCGUAAAAACUCAGGGUUUCUUAGCUUUCUGAAGGAUAUAACUGGUGACAGUUAUCAUGAGAAGCUUUUGGCGACAGUUGUCCUGAGUUAUGGCCAUGUUUCUCUACGAGCUCCAGCAUCCAUCUUGACUACCAGAAUUGAAACACCCAUUUUGAGAAGUGCUGCCAAAUUCUACCAGGCAUCGAAGGACCCCUCAGUGCGACAUGCAAUGCUCCGCACUGUGAAGAUGAUUGCAGAUGCAGUUCACCCAGACAGACUUCAGGAGCAGUAUGUCUUCUACUCCAGGGGCGAGCUGGUUAAUGAGAUGCAACAAUUGCUCAAGGCUGAGAAUCCAGUCCUUGUCACAUCCUCAACAAGGGCUCUGGUUAUCAUGGCUCUGGCUAGCCUUGUCAAGUUGGACCCACCUCUGCCACCAAGUGAAAUAUCGACUCUUGUGACAAUGGCUGUUUCACGAGUCUAUCCGCUGCCACUGCGAAGUCCUCCCAUUGCGUUUGAUGAUGCAGCAAGUGGCGAUCAACCACAUAACCAUUCAGAGUUAGUGGCAGGCAGCCUUAGUGCACUGGAUAAAUUCCUUGCAGAGUUAUUGUCCAAGGACCGUACUCCUGAUAAUCUUCAGCUUAUCAUCAGGGUGCUGGUUCCUUGGCUCAACUCUAAACAGGAGUUUGAGAGAGAGCGCUGCUUGAACUCCAUUUGGGAGCUUAUGAUGCUUUACAGCAGUCAUAUUGAGUCUGGGGUUUUUCGGAUGUUCAGCUGUUUUGGCUUUGUCCUCGGUGCUCUUGUGCCUCGUUGCACUGACUCCAGCAUCUCCAUUCGCAACACAGCUGUGACCUGUAUUCACCUGUCUCUUGAAAUUAACAACAAGAGUCAAAGCCUUUCGUCAAAGGAGGACACAGAUUUACAUGGUGUUGAUGAUCUUCAGGCAAACAUUCAGAAGGCGGACCCUGAGUCCUUUCACAUAAUUUCCAAAGAGUUAGCAAAGACAUUGGCCAAGAAGGUGCCAUCGAUUCAGCUCCUUUCAUUAGCCGAGACGCUCCUUCAAGGUCUCAAGGAUCCAGUGUCAAGUAGUUCCUCUGGUGCAGCCCAUGUGCUUUCUGGCCUGCUGCAGCUGCGUGGUGCUGAGCUGCGAGCUGAAGUGGCCCACCUUGUUGAGAGCUUGCACCAACAGCUCUCGCAUGUCCAUUCUCUCCAGACGCAGUCUGAGGCACUUGAAGUGGUCCGAACUUUGGCACGACACCACUCGAACCUCGUUGUGAAUGCCCUCCUGACCUAUCCGUUACCUUAUGACAAGCAGGUGUGCGAGUGUUGGUCAGCACUGGCCCAAGACGCUGCCAUGGGUUCGAGUAUUGUGAACCACCUGCUGGAAAUGCUGGACAACCAGGGAGCUACAGAAUUUCAUCCAGACCCCAAAAGCCAAAGAGGCACCAUCAGAGUGGCCGUUAGGGAUGUGCUUGCGGCCAUCUGUGCCCUGCAGGAGAUGUUCAACACUGCUGAGAUGGAGUCCUGUGCUAAGGAGGCAUUUGGCCAUGUUUUCUCAGCCCUCCUGUUGGCCGCAGCCAGCUAUGUUGGCGUCAAUGCAGUGAGCUUUGUUACAACAAACACUGCUAGCAAGCAGGAGCCCGGAGCCAGCCCUAAGCUGCUUCCACUACGAUGUGCUCUUCAGGCAUUUGAGGCCUUCCUAAGGCGGGCAGGUCAGGAAGAAAUUGUGGCCAGUAUGGAAAAGGAUGGCCACUGGGACAGCAUGGAGCAAGAUGAAGUUUUUCCAGAUUCUAUUACUGUGUUGGCUGGACUUCUGUGCCAGCAGUGCCCUUGGCAGGUGGCAGGCGUGGUAUCGGGCUUGCAGAACAGGCUUGGUGGCAGCCCAUUGGAGACCCAGCGUCUGGCCGUGCUGGCACUGUUUGCUGAGCUGCUGAGCCAGCCUUUCGAGGGUGCACCCCUGCUGGCCGAGCCGCUCAUGAACCACCUGCUGGGCUCCUUGGCUGACCCGAGCCUGGCUGUGCGCCGUCUCUGCCUGCGCAGUCUUGCCCACUUAGGCCGUGCUGAAGGGCAUCUGGUUCAUCGUUACUCUAGCACUGUCUUAUCCGCCAUGAUCAGUGGUCUUGAUGACAAGGAUGAUACAGAGCAGAAGAUCAUGCUGGAAGCAAUCAACGGACUUGCGACACUUCUGUGCCAUCCAGAUCAACAGGAUGCUGGAAGCUUCAUUACAACUGUGGCUCUCCGGCUGCGCCCUAUGUUUGAAAAGGAAAAAGGUGAAGUGCGUGCAGCAGCGUUCAAGCUGUUCGGAGACCUGGCCCGCUUUGCAGAGGGAGAAUUCCGAGAUGCAUUUGUGGAACAGGCCAUCAGCAACGUGAUCACGCUGCUUGUGCACUUGAACGAAGGUGACAAGCAGGUUGUAAAGGCAUGCAAGGCAACUUUGAAGAAGCUGGGGCCACUGCUAGGUUCUGAGGAAGUGAACAACAUGUUUCAGAGGCAUUUGCCUGAUGGCUCCCACCUACACUACUCAGAGUUCAUUAGUGACCUCACAAAAGUCAUGGUUAUUGAUCUUGAACAACACAUGUCCACAUUUGUGACCUUAUGCCUUGGUCACAUGAAGAGCCUUAACCCAACAAUUCAGUGCAAUGCUGUGUUGCUCUUAGGCUGUAUGCUGGGAAACGCACGACCUGAGCUCCGUAAGGACCUUCCAUGUGAACGUGCAUGUUCGGCACUCGUCUUGCUGCUUAAGGCUGAGCUGCCUGAACAGCGCUGCAGAGCUGCUGAAGCUCUGAGCCUUCUCCAUGGUUGCUGAAGAAGUCCGGGCUGCCUCUCAUCUAGAUGCUAUGGCCUCCUGCCAUUGAAAGCAAACGCAUCUGUGCCUGAAGGGCUUUUUCUACAUGUUAUGCUCUUAGUCUUUGCGUCUUCCCCACUGAAGCCUCGAUCAUAACUGCCAUGUCACAGGCAUUGUAAAGAGCAUUGGGUGGGGCCUGCUCUAUGCCAUUCCUUGUUGGUCGCUGUUGCUCUUGACGAUCACAGAUAGGUUUCCUUGUUUUUAUUCUGCAGCAUGCUGUAAAGGCAUGCAAUGUUAUAUUUUUCCAUAUAUAAUGCAUCACGCUAUUAUGCAGAAUGACAUAUGCAGAGUGAUAGAUGCAUACUAUGUACGGUUGUAUCUUGAUUAUAUUAUAGUGUAAGGUUGUACAUUUGAUGUUAGGUCUCUAUACAGGAGACCGCCACAUGAUUUUUUUUUAAAUUUUUCUAGCCUAUAUAAGAGUAUGUGAUAUAGCAGUGUGGUAUUGUUUAUUCCAGAGGAUUGUAUGCGGGUGUGCUGAGGGCUUACCCAAUUAUUUUUCUUAUAUUUCAGCUUCGGUUUCACUGCAUAUUUUUCUAGUGCCCAUGGUAGCGAAGCAAUAAUACGUAUACCAUGUUCAAUUGCAAGCAUUCCCCACUCAGUUCAUUUUGUGCAUCAAGUUGUUUAGUCCGAGUGUUGACUAUACACCUUAUUGUGCACAUGUGCACCAUUAUUAGCAGCAGGCAUUUGGUUAAACUUGGUGGUACUUUACUUUAAAUAGUGGGUACACUUCAGUCAAAGUGGAGAUACUACAUUUAGAAUCUUUUUUUCUUUUUAGUACAGGUAAUCUUUUAUUUAGUUAACUGGCUUCCUGAUAGUUGAGUUGUCCAUGGAGGGUUGUGUGCUAGUGAAGGUCAAGAAGUCAGGAUAGUUGGAAGGCAUUGCAACAUGGGCAUUGUUAAUUUUCGAAGGGUAAUGUUCAUAUGCAAAAUCCACAUGAGAGGCAAAGGUUAUCGUUCAUCUUCACUGCAGUACAACACAGUUAUAUCGUGUAAGCAGUAAUGCGCCAAGUAUAGCUGCUUUAUUUUCAGCAUUUAUUUUCCACAUAAGGAGACUGUACGAGAUGGGAGCACUAUUUUUAUUCAUGUUAAACAUUGUAUUAGAUUACAUAGACACAGUAGUUCAGGUAGUUGAAGUCUAUAUACAGAUAUAGAGAAUUCUAGUAUUCUCCUAUUCUGGUAGGUAUGAAUGUGUGUAAUAUACUGAAAUGCACAGUGUACUUUGAGGUGAAAGCAGGCUAUCAUGCCUGUCAUUGGGUGUGAAGAUGUGAUGCCACAUUCUGCAAGCAGUUUUACUGAACCAUCCACCUACAUAUGAUUUGCUCAUGUAUGGCAGCCAUAUGUAAGCAUGCAAGUGGCUCACAAUGUGAAUCACAUGCGGGGUACAGCCCUUGUACUGUGCACUGGAUUCUGCAGUGUGCCACCAAAGUUGCAGCUGGUACAACUGGUGGUUGGAAGAGAGAAUGCAGUGAUCUUAUCACCUUAAUGGCCUUUUUCUUUGGUGGCUUUAUUUUCUUUCUUACGUUUGUUCUUGGUGGUGGUGGUUUGCUGUCUAAUGCCCUCAACAUUUGUGGCAUCACUUGCAUGGAGACAUUGUAUGCUGCUGCUAGCCAUGAUGUGUGCUCUGUGGUGUAAAAGAAGAGCCACAAGGCUUCACUGUUGCACUAGUGAAUGCACUAGUAAAUUCACUAGUGAAUGUGGCACACAUGAUGAUCCGUACUCUGCUGCAAGUAAUCUCAGCUUGAAUGUGAGUAUGUGGUUGCAGUCUUGUGAAUUCCUUCCCUGUAGCACAUAUAGGGAUAAGGCCAGGACUAUGCCUCAUGCACUCAGCAUGUUUUACAAUCCUGCUUGAAAUUCCCAGGCAGUGAUGUGGAUAUUCCAUGUCGCAGCAGUGAAAACGUAUUUGUAUUUCAGGCACCAGUAACUGCUGUGACCAGUAAUUGUGCAAAACUCAUGCAUGUAUGCUCUAACGUGUGUGCACGUAAGCACACACAAGAUGGACAUCUGUGCUGACUUUGAAAGACUUUGCACACGUACCCUAUAGCUGACAUUCUAGUGCAGCCAGCUGGUCAUGCCAAGCACAGGCUUGCUAAGCAACUGAAGUUAUUAGCUGCUGACCAGAGGUAAAAUUUUGAAUGUAUCCACUGACACCUCUAUCAUGUGUACUUCACUGCUCAUAGCAAUGUUAUCAGCAGAAUUAGUACUGUUCAUUUAGUUUUGUUGAAGAGCAAUUGAGUAUAGGAAUAGCUCUGUGAAGAAAUGUCGCUUUAUGUACGGCGCCUGCGAAGCUAUUCACUGUGAAGCACCUGUGACAGAAAUGAGUGAAUCCAUCCUACUUUGGAAUGGGAGAUCUACAGUAAAAGUCACCAUGACACUGUGCUUUCUAUACUAAUGACUCCCACGGCAAAUACAAUCUGUAAUGAGGUGCCAGCUGCAUGUGCAAGCUGCAGCCAUUUUCAAAGAGAAGACUCGACCUUUAGGCACUUAUUUUAUGUGCGUAAUUAGUGUGAUCAUUAUUAGUUUACAUUAUAUGGUACUACAUUAUUGGUUACGGUGAACAUAUUGAAGGUCACUAACAGUUUCUUGGCAAUUCUUUGUGUUCUUUUUAUCAUAUCAUGUAAACUUGUGCACACAGCUGAUUUUCUUUACACGACUGGAAGAAUGUGCUGCAUUUGUAUGUGGUGUCUCAAGUGAAGGCAUCAUGUGCACUUCCUUUCUGUUGCAUUAUAGCCCCUUCCUGAAUAUUUGGAAAGCGUUCCGAACUGUAGUGGUUGGUGAAAGGCCUUCUUGGAACAUCCAGAUGUCAAUAUGGCCCUUACUUUAUCUCUCUAAAUUUUCCUAGCAUAAGACAGUCAUACAGCCUGUAUUUUGUUUGCCAAGUUAUGCAAAUGAGUAGUACUCUUUCAGUAAUUUACUGCCGCACAUGGCUAAUUUCUUAGGGUUUAGAAAAUUUGGCAUCAACACAGAAUGCUGGUGGUCUUGACCAACUCCUCGGCCACAUGUUAUGCAAGCUUUGUUGGCGCGUUACACCACUUGGACUGGUCUUUAUUUUGCUGUUAUUGAUAAAGUUUGUUCCAGCUGCUUCCAAGAAACAAAAUUGAUGCUGCUUCCUAUGUCAUGUGAGCACGUGGCUGGCACUUGAGAGGCACUUUAUCUGCAGCACAAACCCAUUGGUCAAUGCACUGUGCAAGAACUCGAAACUCAGUUGCUGUAUGUGUUCAUAUGCAGUGGCUAAAAGUGUGUGAGUAUUUGAAAAUUUCGAAUACCAGUCAAAUAUUUUCAUUUUGAUAUUCAUAUUAAUAUGAAUUAGAAAAUUUUCAAACAUUCGAUGCAGCGCGAAUAUUCAAACCAAUUUGAGUAUAAUUUCUGGCAGUGCAGGGCUAAAUGCAAAUGUGUGCCCAUUUUCAUGCUACUUGGCACACUCCUGUCUGGUGGAAUUUAGCUUAUGAGGUAAGCCCAGUGAACGGUCAACUUAGCCCUGCAGGAAAGCCAACAUCUCGCAGGCAAUGGGCAUGGGUUUUGAAACAGCGAAGGUGCAACUUAACAUGGGUAAAAUAAACAAGCUUUUACUCUUAAUUACACUUUAGUCAACUUUUUCUUAUUGGUAAUGUAAAUGCAAUGUUCUAAUGUGCAGUAAAAAAAUGUUCUAAUAAAUGCAUGUGCAUAUCAUUAUUCGUUAUUUGAAGUAAACUAUUAGUUAAGAACAAAAACUGCAAGAAGGGGCCUUUCUUGUCCCAUUUCUUGUACUGUUCUUAACAUAAUGUACAAACUAGCCCAAUGGCGCACUCGUGAAGCUAACAACAUGCAAUUCGUGUUAAUUUUUUUUUACAUUUCACACCCGUAAUAGCAACCAAAUGCACAGAGACUGCUACCAUGGCCAACUGCCUCGGAACUAGCCAAAGAGAAAAAUUCAUACGCAUCACAGGCAUGCAUGUUUGUUUUAACGGUGGGUCACACUGCAUCUACACAUGCAGAGGCACCAUGAGCUGAAGCAGGAUAUGCACAGUGGCUGGUCGCUACCACUGCUGUGCCAUGGCUUCACUUUGAGCAGCUUGGUGCAAGAAGAUAUGCAUGUUUUAAGUCUUUUCUCUUUUUUUUUGUAAAACAUUGCAUUCCAUCAUUUCUUGCCAUAUGUUGCACAUAUUUGAGUAAAGACCACCGUAAUUGGGGUGUCAAAUUUUGCCAUGGAAAUGUUAUAUAUUUUUAACUACAUUUCGAUCGUAUCUGCACAAUAAUUACCACAGAUGAAUUCAGUGAACUUGCUGGUAAAAAUAAAAGCUGUCGCUCGUCUCA